AUGCAGCUCUUUGUGGAGACACUAUCGGGCGCCCCGCUCACGCUCAGCGUGGCGUCGGAUGCGUCCGUUGCGUCGGUCAUGCAGGCCGUUGAGGACGUGGAAUACAUUCCAAACUUCCGUCUGGUCUGUGCCGGCAAGCAGCUUUCGGGCGGCUCGCUCGCCGACUACGCGGUCGGCGAAUGCGACACGCUCAAGAUGCUGCUGUCUGUCAACGGUGGUAUGCGUGCCAAGUGGCGCAAGAAACGCAUGCGCCGUCUUCGUCGUAAACGCCGAAAAAUGCGUCAGCGCGCCAGAUAA